UAAUUUCACCGGCAAAUCGUUUCAACGGCCUGCUUCCUCUUAAGCAGUCUAUCCUCCCGCCCUCCGAGCGACGCGUUGUUCCUGCUUCUCCGUUGCACGACCCGACAUGCGCUGAGCGCUCCCACGACAUGCUGGCCUCACUCCUUCGUCCGAAGAAGCGCCGGGUCUACGCGGAGCGUUCGCCAUUCUCGUCGCCGUACACCACUCGCGACUCGCCAUGGCCCUUUUUUCGGGACAACGGCCGACAAGAAGGUCCCGACGCGGGUUAUGAAGAGAUUAAUAUACAUAAUGGUGACAUUGAGGGGGCGGACACAGCAUCCGGGGAGGACGAUGCUGAUGAAGAAGACGAUGGUCCUAUUGAGUCCACUCCUUUACUUCCCAUCUUCUCUUCCUCACACCUGGACACCCUUCCGGUUUACGACAUUACCCAUGCCAUACGCCCCCUGAUUGUUGCGCGCUGCGAAACCACCCUUACUUGGGACCAAUUGCGGUCGCCUCAGAUCUCCCAGUUCCUGGUCAAGCCGAUCCAGCAGAAAAUACGCGCGUUGCACUUUUCUCGAGCCACGUUGUAUGCGCUGAUAACGAACUGCCUACAAUUCACAAAGGAGGUCCAUCUGAACCCGGGAAACAGCGGCGUGAGCCAGACCAGAGCGAUGGUCAGCGAGCUUCUUGCCAUUAAGCUGCUGAGAGAGUACUCCACGCGAGAAUUGAUCGACGCUCUGUCCUAUGAGUUCUAUCCCCUGAACGGCCAAACCCCGUCGGCGACUGCAACCUCCGCCCCUGGCUGGUAUCCUGCACCAGGAAGCAGGCGGCCGGGCAUCGCUCGUGUUUCCUGCCUCGAGGUGGCCAUCCGCGCCCAGGCGAAACGGUUCUUGUCACAUCCCCUCGUGGUACAGCAGCUGGAAGCAAUCUGGGCCGGGACAAUCGUCUUCCAUUCCGCAGCGGACAAUCUUCAUCGCUCGCCGGCGCAAAUUGCUCGCAGUGGGAGACCAUUAUACGGCACAGUCCCUGAUCCCGGUGCCUCUGAUGUGUCACCUCAUCAGAUACAGACCAAUGUUUCUGGGCUUCGGCGUUCAGUCACCAUUUACGAUCCAAGAGAUGCCUCCUUGUUCAAGCUUUCCCGGCUACGAGUGCCUCGAUACAGACAAUUCCUGUCGACUUUGUCAUUUGCGGUUCUGCUGGGGCUGUUUCUGGCUGUUUUGCAACAACGUCGCCUUGAGAUCACUCCACUAGAACUUGUGUUUUGGUUUUGGAGCGCUGGUUUCAUGCUUGAUGAGAUCGUCGGCUUCAACGAACAGGGGUUUAGUUUGUAUCUCAUGAGCUUCUGGAAUAUCUUCGACCUCGGGAUCUUGUUUCUCCUCUUCUGCUAUUAUUGUAUGAGACUUUAUGGCGCCGUCAUGCCCUAUACUCGCAACCAUAUCAUUGCCGACCAAGCAUAUGACAUUUUGGCCGCGAAUGCAGUUCUCCUCUUUCCACGACUUUUCUCUGUCCUUGACCACUACCGCUACUUUUCCCAGCUGCUUAUCGCGUUCCGGAUCAUGGCUUCCGAUCUCAUUGCGGUGUUCGUGUUGAUCAUCAUUGCUUGCAGCGGUUUCUUCGUCGCAUUCACGCUGGCCUUUGGCAACGGCGAAGAUCAUUCCCCGGGGGCGGUUGCAUAUGCCUUGUUCCAGAUGCUGAUGGGAUUUACCCCGACUGCAUGGACACUUUGGAAUGACUACAAUAUAUUGGGGAAGAUCAUCCUGACGGUCUUCCUCUUCAUUUGUCAUUUCGUUGUUGUCACCAUUCUCAUCACGGUCCUUACCAAUUCCUUCAUGAGUAUUGUGCAGAACGCCAACCAGGAACAUCAGUUUCUUUUCGCCGUGAAUACAAUCUCCAUGGUUAAAUCCGAUGCUCUCUUUUCCUACAUUGCCCCUUUCAACAUUCUUGCAUGGCUGAUUGCUCCACUGCGCUACUUCAUGUCCUUCAGAGAAUUUGUUCGGAUCAACCGCACCACUAUCAAGGCUACUCACCUUCCGAUCCUGUUUACCAUCUGUUUCUACGAAAAGAUGAUCUUGAGCUCCGGGGUCAUCGAAUCUACCGAUCUCAUAGAAUCGAGUCGAUCUGAAUCGGGAGGCCGCUUCCGGACUCGUCCCAGAUUCAGGUUCGGCUCACACGCUGCUCGCUUUGUACGAGAGCCAUCGGUGGCAACAUUUCAGAAGGAUCGUGCCCUGGACGAGGUGUUUCGCCAGCCUUUCCAUGAGGGAACAACUAGGCCCACAGCAAGGCUCAAUCGACAAGAGAGUCACAAUGUGGUCAACAAGUGGAUGCAAACUAUGGGCUCGGGAGUCAACCCUCCUGAUGAGCAGGACUCAGAUGAGGUUGAUCGCUUGGAGAGAAUGCCGAGAGGUCGGUCUGGGCUUCACCGGAGACUGACUAGGAGCUUGCGCGAUUUCACAGAAUCGAACCGUUCUGCCACCUCCAACCCGGAGUAUGUCCAGCACGUUGCCUCUUCUCCCGCGACGCCCCGUGAUGGCAGGGGCUUCUUAACUCCCGCUAGAACAAGACAGCUUUCGCGACAUACGGGCAUGGAGGGCGACGACGAGCUUACGAGCGAUGACAACGCAGAAUGGGCUGGAGAACAGGCCUUGGAUCCAGGACAGUCCGAGAGCGAUACUCCGAAGAUCGUAAAGCGCAGUCCUAUCAACACGCCUCCCAAAUUCUUCAGCUCCCGGCCGUCAACUGCACGACUCAAGUCCCGCAAGGCUAGUCCCAUUCGGCGGAUCAAGUACCACACGCGGAACUACUCGAGCGCCACCAUGCUAUACAACCCCGUCGCUUCGGAAAGCCAUGAUGAAGAAGACAAGGCGUCGUCAAGACCUGUCAGGUCAAGAGCGGAGACUCCUGGCCGUGCCGGCGAUGCCAUGGUCUCGACCUCUGCCGAUCAAUGGACCCUGCGAAGACACAGCACGGAUGGGGGCAGGCUUCGAACCGUGACGAUGCCCCGAUCCGACCCCAUGUCUGUGCCCGAUCUGGGCGGUUUCUCGGUGCACGACUCACACUUCCGAAGACGCCUACAAGAGACCAUUCUAGACGGCUUGGGCUCAGACCUGGGAGACAACAAGGCAAUUGCCAACGGCUUCUUGGGCGGCGUCCCCUCCAGUCUGACCACUCAAAUGGCUUACGCGACAGGCAACAUCAGACGACCUGACAGCCCUGGUGGUAACCAGGAUAUGCUCAGCAAGCUUGUCCUGGCCCGGAUGAACAACAUCGAGGAAGGCUUCCGUGAGGUGAUCAAAGAAGUCAAAGACCUCCGACGCGGAGGCACCAGCCGCAGCCAAAGCCGGCCUGACGAACAGCGCAACGCACCGCGAGAGAAAAAGAAGCGCCGCGCUGAGAAGAAGGAAUCGCGAAAAAGCAGAGCAAGCAGCGACGGUCAAUGGUCAUCUGACGAAUCGCGCGGAGGGACCGGACCCAGGGACGAGGCGAGAUAAAGCCCAUGUUGGUUGGGGAGGACGCUUAUGAGCGAUGAAUAAUGCUGCAUUUGAACGCUUGUGUAUUUUCUCUGUUGUUUCUGUGUUGUAGAAUCUUUGGGUUGGCUGUCUCAAGACCUUUUUUUUUUUUUCAACAAUGUUG